AUGAUCCGAGACGUGAUGCUCCUCUACACGCUGGCCCUUGUGCGCAGCAGCAUGGCUAUGACCAGGCGCGGCUUCGCUGACAACGCACCUCCGGAGAUUUCUGGCCAUCGCAGGCCCACUUCGGCUCUUGAAAUGGACCUUGUGGGGGUUCUUUCGCAACACUUGCAAUCAACUGUUGACAUCAAUGUGGAGAUCGGCGACACUGUUUGGUCUGCAAAUCGGGUCAUGAUGAGGCUGCAGAACUUGGGGAGGGCCAUGCACGCUUCAUCUCGUCUUGGUUCUUUGGACAUGGAAGCUCCCUUGGCAGUCAACAAUCGUUCGGGCACAGGCACUUCACCUUUGGAGAGUUUUACUGUGGGCACCGUGUCUCGUCCUGCAUCGCAAAACGCUCCGGGCGGCAUCCAUGUGGUCACGACGCGCUACCAUCCUGUGAGUCGAGCUGAUCUGACUGCGCCUUCGGUCAAUUCAGUGAAUCAGGAGUACCCGGCAUCUGACGCUCUGGCUUCAGCCGCUGCCGGGCGCCCACUGGAAUCGCUUGACUGA